UCGUCCAAGUCAAGUCGAAAAAGUUAUGAGAGUGGAUUUCGAGUUUGUCCUCCAACUUCUCGUUUUAGUGUUUCAAAAGGAAACGGAAUUUUUCAAUCCUUCAUUUCGAUUAAGGGCUCGGAAACGUCGGUCACGUAAUCCUUCCGAUUUUCAUAGUGCCGGAGCCGCGGAUUGCGCGACGCAAGGUGUUAAUCGGAUUUCGUCGAUCUCUGGCGUGACGUUCGGAAAAUAUUGAAAAUUUGAAGCGAUUGGACGGUGCAAAGUGACGCAAAGUCAGCCGCCGAGUUCGGAAAGCAAACGCGCUGGAAGAGGGGCGGAAGGAAAAUAGAAACGGAAUUUUCCCGGAUCGCCGUCACCGGAACAUCAUCCCGCAAGGACAAGUGGCGCAGAAGGGAGUUGUGUGGAUUUUCCUUGUUUUAGUGAAGUCGGUGCGAAAUUGGCUCUGUCGCUGAGGGGGACGUUGAACGGGGCCCAGGAGGAUUCGCAGGAGCUUGCUUGCGGGGACGAUUCUCGGCAGAACGCCAAGGCGGUCUUGGAGCUUUUGGUGGGGCUUCCGGCAGUGGUUUGCUGAUUGUGCAACAGAUCCUCGGACCGCUGCGCUGGCCGGAGAACUUCUCGGUGAAGAUGUUUACCUACAUGAAAGGUACACGCAACGAACGAUAGCAAAUUGUGAUCUUUCUUAAUUUAUGAUGCUCAGACCAAUCAAGUCAAUUUUGACGUACUUGCAAUUGAAUACGAACUCUUCAUCGUUAUUCAAUUCCACAUCAACCAACAUGAGCGGGGAAAAUAAUGACACCACAGAAGCUCCCUUGCUGACAUCUGAAACCAAUAAUCCAUUAGAUGAACAAAACGAGGGCGACGGCGCAGAUCAAAGCUCAGUGUCAACUUCUCGAAAGGCACCACACGAUCAGAAUGAAAAUGAAGUCAUUGUCGAGGAGCACGAGUCUCAGAGUUCUAGCAACGACGGAUCAGAUGAUGUUCUACUUGUAGAAGAUGAGGCGUCAAAGGCAGUCAUUGACUUAACAGAAAAACCUGCAGAUGGUGAAAAAGACGAUGCCAGUAACGAAGAAAACGCCUGUAUUUUUGAAGUGACCACUGCUUCAGGAAAUUCCAUAGAGUCCCAUGAAAAAAUUGCAAAAAGCGGCAUUACAAAUAAACAAAAUGCAGACGGAGGAACUUAUCUUGAACAUGGGUCGGAAGAAAGUGGUAAAGACCCCACCGUAGGAUCUCUAGAAAAUGUGAGCAUCAUCAGCGAAGAUGAGUCUCCGCAAGAGGAAGCUGAAGUUUUUGUAAUCUCAAAUGAUUCUCAAAGAGUAACUGACGAAACAGAAAGCAUCUUAUGUGAUACUGACGACCAAGACGGAUCAAAGAACGAACUACUCGACUUAAGUUUGGAGUCGAACGAAGUAGUAAUUUUGGAAGAAACCGAUCACAAUGAUUCAAUUACGGACCCACUCCACGAUCCACUUGCCAUAGACGACUACAACGCCGACAUUAGUAAUAACAUCACAGCCUCGUGUACAGGUGCAGGGCAUUCUGACACAUCCGGUGAAGGCGAACUGCUAUUCACUAUUGCGACUGGAUCAGGCAUUUUGUCUGAAUCUGCUCCAAAAUCUGGCAACAGGUUAAGCCAAAGAACGCGGCGUGAUAACUAUGGUGGUACGAGCAUGCACAUGGAUGCAAGUGCAGAGGAACAAGAAGUGCGUAGCGAUGGCUCAGAUUCUGGUUUAGGGUCCGAGACCUCUACACUUCAAUCAGCGAAUACAAGUGCUGUGGUAGACUCUCCAGUUUGUAAACCUCCCCCAGCGAAGAGUAAUCUAAAGCGACGUUUAGAUAGCCUCAGCGAAGUAUCGUCAAACAAGCGACCUAAGAGGUCAAUAAAUUUCAAUGGGGUAAAGGUAUAUUACUUUCCACGGGUUCAAGGAUUCGGCUGUAUUCCAUCACAAGGUGGUUGCACACUAGGAAUGGCUGCCCAUCACGUGCAAAGCCGGGCAUUCACUCUAGCUGAACACACAGCUGAGCAAAGACGUAUGCACAAGCAGCAGAUGCAAGAAGUCAAUCCGCGCAGUUCGUCCAGUGAUGAAACGGAUAGCGACGAAGAAAUAAGUGAAGCGAGUGGAUCGGACUUAGAUGCGGACGCCAGCGGAUUUUUACAACCUGUUCCGGCCCGUCAAAGGCGUGCUAUUCUGAAAGCUGCCGGAAUAAGAAAAAUCGAUCCCACGGAAAAAGAUGAAUGUCGCGCCAUUCGAAGUUCUCGCGAGUUUUGCGGUUGCAGCUGCCGAGGAUAUUGUGAUCCAGACACUUGUUCGUGCAGCCAGGCCGGAAUUAAAUGUCAGGUCGAUCGACCAAAUUUCCCGUGUGGCUGCACUAGAGAUGGCUGUGCAAAUGUUGUGGGGCGCGUGGAAUUCAAUCCAAGCAGGGUGCGAACGCAUUACAUCCAUACAAUUAUGCGUUUGGACUUGGAGAAUAAGCAGAAGCGCGCCAUAGAUAUAGAGACUUCAGCAACUAGUUCUACAAUUCUUAGCUAUGGCAGUAACUCAGUUACUUCGACCAUUAAUUGCAGCACCGUAUCUAGCUUAGGCAACUUAUGUAGUUAUAAUAACUUGGUGAAUUCAAAUCAUAUGCGGUCGCAACAGCAAAUGUACAGCGUAGGAGUUAGUGAGUCUGGUCAAGUUUUGCAACAUAAUCAGAAUAGUUAUGUGACUGGCGGGAAUAGCAUAUACACGAAUCGGGUGAGCAACUCAGCGCUGCCAUCUACAUCGAAUCUAAUGAACGUAGACGGGCCUUCGCUUAUAAGGCCGAGACUUCAGGAGAACGGGGACGAGCCGUCUAAUAGCAACCUAGCCAUUAAUGAUAGUUUAGCAAUGAGCCUACAGAAUUCUACGAAUCACAGCCACGAUAUCGACCUGCAUUACGCAUUCCGUGAUGAUACCAGCACAACUGCCGACCUUUCUUCGCAGGCAAAUCCAAAUAAUAUUCUGGCACUGGGAGAUUAUGCUCCAGGCAAUUCGUUGUAUCAUGAGGUGUACAAUGGGCAUUCGUUUCUCAACCAGAAUUAUUCAAACCCAACUUUCUGUCAAUCACAAAAUAUUAAUUAUCAACAAAGUUUUAUAAACUAUACCCCAACCGUGAAUAGUUCGGUGCAGAUUGGUGAUCUGACUAGCGAACCACCAGUCAAUCCCAGCGACGGAGGGACAAAUUGCUCCGAUCCGAGUUACAUCAACUUGAAUUCGCCAGUGGGAAGUCAAUCGCGUGUCGAUGCGAUCAAUGAUCUGCUUCAUAGUAGUCGAAAUCUAGGAGCGACUUCCACUACGACAGCGUCAACCGUUGAUUCGACUGCAACUGUGUCGUACAUGAUGGCGCCAUCUGCACAAACGUCCACCUCAAUAACGGAAGGAACUCAGACAACUAUAACUCAACCACAAGUGACGAAACCAACCACUACUGUCAAGCCAGUCAAUUCGAAAGCGGAGGAAGUGGUCGACCUGACUGAUCGGGUGAGUCCCCCCCAUGAAGAGAAGGGAGAAGAUGAUGAGAGUAGCUCAAGUGAUGUUAUUGAGGUCGUAGAUGCUGACAAAGCAAAAAUCAAUGUCAGUUCCGUUGAUGAUUCAGUGAAACUCACGGAACCGAACAAUCCCCCGCUUCCCGUUGAAAGCGUAUUGAUUUCGGAAACAGAUGACGAUGUGACAGUUGUAUCGCCGGCUGUUUCGGUUGUCACAACCUCGUCAACUAGCGUUGAUGAAAAUCAUUUAGUUGAGACUGCGAUAGCAUAACGUACGCAAAGUUUUACUAGUGUUGAUUUCGAAAACAAACUCAUUCGCUUUAUAUAAUGUUUCUGUGAUCCAUACGUUUAGUGAAUUUUUUCACGCUUCUGAAAUACAAUUAAUUGCGCAGAGUCGACUGGUGCGGAACAGGAAAUUGAUGAAAGUGAAGCACUAUUUACGUUGAAAGCUUUUAGAGCCACUUAACAUCGUUGUUAUGAUUCCCUGAUUCGCAGAAAAGGGCUAUGCAGAGUUAGAUAGCAUUUCCCAAGUUCCAGAACCGUACUAUCUUCCUAAUGCGUUAAAACACCAACCAAUUCGGAGUACUUUUCAAUAUUUUCGCUUUUUUUUUUUAAUCCUGUAAAACUGUGACCGUUUUUUCUUCAAAUACAAGGCAGGCAGGCGUACAGCUUCUUAUUUUCAUAUAUUAUUUAACAGAUCAGUAAACACAAUUAAAUCACAGACAAUUUUGAAUAGACGUAUCAGAACGGGGAAAACUUCGUAGCUUUUACAAUAAUUAUAAAACAAAUCAUUGACGUUUAACAAUGAUGGGCGUUAAAACAAAUAGCUUAGUUAUUUAAUUUUCAUAUGAUGAUCUGUUAUCAUUCUUUCUUAAUGAUUUCGUGUCGAAAUCGCAUAUUUCAUAUUAGCUACAAUUUUCGGGGGUUCUUCGUAAAUGUUUGGACGUUUCAGAAUACAUCUUAGCCUGGAGAAGUUGAUAUAAUGAUACUUAUUCUAACUUCAGUUCCUUCCAAUGUUCGUGUGAAUAUUGGAAGGUUGAAGAUCAGAUUGCAUAACAUGAAAGUUCUUUUCCUGCAUCCCAAACAGCGAGGGGCGAGAAUCCACUGAAAUUAGUACUGAGUAUAUCCAAUCACAGGUAGACGUAUUGUUGUUAUGAUUUGACAUUCACGUUUUAGUUCUUCCUGAAGUGACCUUUUUUAUUAAAUUAUUACUUUAUUCUCAAAUUAUUUUUAUGAUAUGCAAGAAUUCAUUAGGAAAUCAAUACCAACGCGAGGAUACAACUUAUAAAUCAUAUUUCAAACAGAAAAACGAAAUUCUCUAUACAUAAUAUCGAACAAUGUGUGCACGAACAUAUACUUGGUGAUUUAUUAGAUUGUGUCUGUAGAUCAUGGUAAUGUUCUCCACUAUAAGCAUAAUAUUUGUUAAAUUUUAUUCCUAGAUAUUAAUGUAUAAGUAAACAUAAAAUAUGAGUAAGGAAAGUAUAUAUACAAAAAGUAUGAUAACAAAAGAAAAUUGUACCAAUUCGAUUACAUAUUGUAAAAGAUUAAGACAAAGCAGAAACACAAAACCCAUUCGCAAGACCAAAAUUUAACUAAAACCAGAAAAAAUACAAUUUCAAUAUAUGAAAAAAUUA